AUGGCCGUUAGUGCCAUGCAUAGAGACAGAGCUAUGGAGGUUCAAUUUGAAGAGCAGACGGCCCCCAAGUCGCUGUUUACUAAGCUCCACGAUAUUGGUGUUGUAGCAAAGGAUCACCUGGCAGCUAUCCAGCCAUUGCCAGGUAACAAAUUUGAGAUAGUGUAUAAGUCCUCGGUUUUGUGUAAAGAGUUUUACCCCAAAGUAACUACUCUAGAUAAAUGCACUGUCACGAAGUUCAACGAUGUUAUGAUAGUAACAGUUCAUUAUGUUAGUUUGUCGAUGCACGACAGUAUAGUUCGAAACAUUCUGGGUAGGUACGGCCAGGUGAUUGCCGGCCGUUUCACUACAUAUGGGGACAACCCAACCGUUUUUAACGGGACUAGACAGUAUAGGAUGCGGAUCAACAAGCCCAUCCCUACUGUUAUCCGCAUUGGAGACAGGAACGCCUGGAUCUCCUAUCCAGGCCAGAUCCGCACUUGUGCCCGGUGUGGCCAAGAGGGCCACUUUGCAAAGGAAUGUAAUAACAUCAAGUGUUUUAAAUGUUUGCAGGUUGGACACAUCGCCAACGAGUGUCCCAAUAGCACAGUGUGUACCAUCUGCGGGGAGGAGGGGCAUGGCUUUCGAGCCUGCCCCAAGUCCUUUGCAAACAAAGUGCAACCAGACCGUGCCUGGAGCACAUCAUCCUCCACUCCCUCUGCAGCAGCACCAUCAGCAGCGGAGGAGAGACCGGCCAGAGAAUCCCCUAGAUCAGAACCCUCAGAACCGGACAAGGAAUUACCCAUAACUCCUUGUUCGAAAUGUAAGCGGCCAUCUGGCCCGUUUCAUCCAAGUAUUUGUUGUUUCUCAUGCAAAUCCACUAUAUCAUGUGAUUCUCCCUUUAGAGUGUUGGAGUGUGCCCUCUGUAAGGGCAUGAAUGGCCCUCCCUCCCUAGUCUGCGACAGGGAGGACUGUAGAAAGGUGCAGGCCCCAGAGCGGGAUGAUGGGUUUAGGUUAGCCCGGAAAAAGAAGCGUCCAACUAAACGGGCAAGAUCACCUCAAGAGGCCCCUUCUAGUAAAAGGGCCACUCCAACAACAACCGAAGUUUUUGGUUCCGAUCUAGAGAGCGUUUCAUCUAUGGACUCCACCCCUCCAAAGGAGCAGGCUAAAACUGGUAGUUCCUCCGCCUCUAACACAGGUAGUUCUCCCUCUUCCUCGUCCUCUGACGCUUCAUCUGAGUCCGAGCAGGAGCAGGACUCGACGGACAACGAUGAGGCGUCGGGGGUUAACCCUAUGAAAAUAGGAAAAGUUUUAAAUCAUCUUACUAGGCUGAAACUCCCAGGACUCAGCGAGCCUGCAAGAUGCAGGGCACCAAAAUGCCUUUUUACAUGCCAGACUUGGUCUGGGCUUUCUAGACACACGUCGAGUGUGCACAAUGACUCUUCACUCACUCAGGUGAAGUGCCCCUGGUGUCCACACUCGGCGUGUCUCCCCACCAGGUGGACCCGGCACAUUGCUAGGCAACACCCUGACAAAGCCUUGCGGAAGAAGGCAGAUUUCUACAAAAAAUACCUGUAAAUAAUCCUCUUUGAAUUUCAA